GAGCAGGACACAGAGGUGUGAGACCUGAGCUCUCUCAGGGACACUUUCCCCUCUGAACCUGCCUUGCAGUCAGUCACCCUGCGGCAGCUCAUUGCACAUCAUCUUCUUCCACCACCUCCUCCUCCUCCUCCCACCCCAAACCCCACUGAGCAAAGCAACAGAGAGAGAGAGAGAGAGAGAGAAAAAAACCUCUGCAAAAUUGCAGAGAGAAUCAGAGUGCAGGAGACACAGACGCACUGAGUGACUGAGAGUCUAACUCGCAGUGAGUGAGUGAAGAUGACAAGAAUGUAUAAGGAAGAUUCUGAAGACUGCAUGACUGUCUGUUUGAAGUAUUUGCUAUUUGUAUUUAACUUCUUCUUUUGGGUGGGAGGUGGUGGAGUGAUGGGAGUAGGAAUUUGGACACUGAUUGAGAAAAGAGACUACUUGAGCUUACUUGCUUCCAGCACGUUUGCCGUCUCCGCUUACAUUCUUAUCUUUGCUGGCGGCCUUGUGAUGAUUACCGGCUUCUUGGGUUGCAGUGCUGUUGUUCGGGAGCAAAAGGGCUGUCUCUCCACAUAUUUUUGCUUACUAUUACUGAUCUUCCUGAUUGAGUUGGUAGCUGGCGUCCUUGCUUAUGUUUAUUAUCAACGGCUCAGCGAAGAGUUAAAGCAACAUCUGAACAAAACCAUGACCGAGAAUUACGCUCAGCCAGGAAAGGAUGACAUCACGUAUUCAGUUAACCAACUUCAGCAAGAUUUCAAAUGUUGUGGCAGCAACAGUUCAGCUGAUUGGCAGCACAGCAAAUACAUUCUCUCCGCGGGGUCAGGUUUCAGAAUGGUACCUGAUAGCUGCUGUAAAACGUUCACUGAAGGCUGUGGUAAAAGGGACCACCCGUCAAAUAUCUAUAAGGUAGAGGGUGGAUGUAUAACUAAACUGGAAGAGAUCCUGUCGAGUCAGCUUCUGAUUAUUGGAGCAGUCGCCACUGGAGUAGCUUGUCUUCAGGAGACCAAAUCUGGUUGUGAACAGCCUCAGUGGACAGUGAAAUCUGAAGUUGAAAGACAAGAAUUCAAGAAGUGCAACAUGGCAAGAGGCUGUCUCUGCUGCUUGAAAUACAUGAUGUUUCUUUUCAACCUAAUAUUUUGGCUUUGUGGCUGUGGGCUACUGGGAGUGGGAAUAUGGCUGUCAGCGACACAAGGCAACUUUGCUACAUUAUCCCCCAGCCUCCCGUCACUAUCUGCUGCAAACUUACUGAUUGCCAUUGGGACAAUUAUCAUGGUGGUUGGAUUUCUGGGCUGUCUCGGUGCUAUCAAGGAAAACAAGUGCCUCCUUUUGAGUUUUUUCGUUGUUCUGCUGGUUAUCUUCCUAAUGGAACUAAUAGUAGUCAUCCUGUUCUUCGUAUAUAGAGCAGAGGUAGCGGACUAUGCAAAAGAGGACCUGAGGAAUGGGCUAAAGUUGUAUGGAUCAGAGGGGAAUGUUGGUCUCACCAAUGCUUGGAACAUUGUUCAAACAGAUUUUGAAUGCUGCGGAGUAGUUAACUUCACGGAUUGGGAGCCAGUAAUGGGUAGCAAUUUUGUCCCAGAUUCUUGCUGCAUGGAGUACAGCAAAAACUGUGGCCAAGGCACCUCCACAUUGUGGAGGGAUUCAGGCUGUUACAAUGUGGUGAAAAUGUGGUUUGAAGAUCAAACAGUAAUUCUUGGCACCAUUGCAAUGUGCAUAUUGGUGAUACAGAUUCUUGGCAUGGCCUUUUCCAUGACUCUGUUUCAUCAGAUCUCCAGGAGUGGGAAGAAAUAUGAAGCCUAACCCUUUGUGCAGGAAGAGAAGCCUCACUAUCUGCAAAGCUUUCUUCAGAAAAAACCAUGUUUUGCCAGCCAGACACCAGUAAACCAUUGUAGUCAUCUGCUGCACUUGGAAAUCUCCUCUCUACAGAGUUCAGUACUGAUGAUUCCUUGUUUUUUACAUUCAGUGUUCUUUUGCCAAAGAAAACGAGACCGUUGAACAGCAUCUGCUUCUGUACUGUUUACACAGCUACCAUUUAGAGACAGUCAGCGACAUUGUCCCAUUGGCACGAUAGUGCAAAGGUAAUAUCAGCCUGGUACUCAAGAAAAUAGAGAGCUUGUUACAGCACCUAUCCUGAGGGUGUUCACACUCUCCCUCCCCCCAAUGCCUCCCCCAACAAAUAAGUAUAAGUAUUAGUUGCAGCCCGAGGUUAGCAUGCAUUAGUACUCUGUGGAUUAGACAAGUCAUCUUAACCUAUGGGCUUGAUUUUUGUGUUUAAUGAACGGUGGCCCGACCUGAAAUCUUAAAUGUACAUUUCUCUUUCAGAUGCUGUGCAUUUUCAGCCCGUUUUUGCUUCUGUUUCUAGCUCCUCCUCUCCCUUUUGAAACACGGGAGAGUUUAAAGUUACUUUUGGGGGUCUUGAGACAAGUAAUUCUAUGAAAGGCUCUAAGGAUGGGUGUGUGGGGCGGGGGUGGAAUUGGAUCUGUCACACAUUUAAUAGAACUCUGGUAGGAUGGGUGCUCUCUAUUCAGUCUCUGGUGCAAUAGUAAAGAAGUUGUGCUCAGUGAGGGCAGUGCUGCUGCUGCUGUCAAAGUGGAAGAUGUCAUCUGUUGUGUCUCAUUCACCCAUUCAAAGUAUCUAACAAACGUGGCAAAGUAUGGUAGACACGCAAACAAGUAUUCUAUAUUGCUUCAGCUCACUCUGGACUGUCCAACGGAAAGAUUCACAAAGAAAUCGAUUGCAGAAGCUUUGUUGUAAACCUGGCCAUUAGCAUGUAUUCACUUAUUCUUUCAAAAAUAACAAGAACGACUUUUUAAAAAGUAGGAUAGAAACUGUACCUUUGAACUAAAUCAUUUUGUACUGUUGGACUUUUUAUAUUAUAUACAGUAUAUAUAUAUAUCGGUGUUCUGCCAUUCUUCUGCUCUUACUUCACUGAAUGAACAAACAAACAAACCACUGUGUGAUCUUUUACAGCCAGGUACAUGUCUGCUUGGAGGGAAGACUAGGGUGACAUUUGUUUGGCGAGGUUAUGCUUAGAAAUGACUAACUGCAAUAAGAAUGACAGCUGACUGCGAGCUUUAGGGUUGACAUAUUUUGACAGGGUUGAGAAUAAGAACAAAUGAGACCAUUGUAUUUCAAUGAGAUUGUCAAUUUGUGACUAAUGUGUCAGCUAGUUUUAGCAUUUCAAUGUUCAAAUGCCCACGUUUUGCAAUUUGUUACCACGGAGAAUAAUAAUUAGUUGCUCAAAUUGUAACUUUAGUGGGAAAACUACACGAGCAGAGUAGUCCGUGAUAUUCUUUUCUGUUUGACUAUAAUGGGUAAUUCAUGGAAACAAAAUACUUGAUUAAGACUUUUGAAUUGUGAUUAAUAUUCAAUGAAGUUGACUUUUUUUCCAUAGAAGUAUAUAAGUAGAUGCCCAGUAAAGCCACGUUUCAUAUGUACCUGUAAAUAUUCAAAUUUUGUCACCUCAAUGAGAAUUUAGGCUUCAAAUAUCUUCUCAAAUAAAGCCAUAAAGUAUGCAACUACUCUGCAAAUUAAACAAAAUUGUGUCUCUGAAUAAGUCUGGUGUCAGGCAAGAGAAAAUGAUGCCUAUUCCAUUUUGUAGUUCUUAAUAGCAAAACACUCUGCUCUGCUUUGCAAUACUUUCUGAAGAGAAAGGGGAACAUUUUAGUUUGAUAUUUUAUUUUUGCUUGGGUACUGAACUGCCAGCACAGACCUUAAAGGGUUAAGAUAUGUAUUUUUUUCUGUGCUGCGAGGGAUCAGAUCAAUAAAUGGAAUUUUUUUUUAAAACUUUGCUUGCAGUUACAACACUGGUUUUGCUGGUGAAAAUUCCUGCCCUCAUUCUUAUCGCAUGUCGAGAAUUGUAAAGUGAGAACCCUUCCAACUCAAAAGCUUCUGGCAUUUAAUUGUGCAAAUCAAUUCUACUUUCUUCUGAUUGAAAAAGAGAUUUAUUAAUAUGAACUACGGGUCUGGUGCUACGAAAAUAAAUGACAGCUUCGACUGUAAAUUUAAUUUGGAAACGUUUUAAGAGCGAAAAUUAUAUUCCUAAUACGAGACUACUUAUGGGGUGAAAAAUGUGACAUGAUAAUUAUUACCACAUUUUUUACCUCAUAUCUCAAAAAUGAUUGCAUAUCUACCCUCCUAUAAAAUACCAUUCUUAUGGCCUGUAUUAGAAUAUGUUCUGGGGUUGAAUGAUAUUGUAACAUGUUUAGGACAUUUGAGGAAGAAAUGGGGCAAUUUACAUUUAUAAAACAUGUGAUUCUUUUGUCUUCACUAUCUUAAUUGGCAUUGUGAAAUGGAUAGUAUGGUAAUCGCCCAAAAUAUACAUACAAACCCCCUCACACUCCCCAGUUAAUUCUUUCCUUUCUCUGCUAUCC